GAACUCUUCGGCUAUGUUGAACCUUUGUGUGGUGUUGAUACUCAGUACAAGUUACAGCGGUGACUUCUAAUGUGUAAGUUUGCAGACAACUGAGUAUAACUGGAACAUUCAGUGAUUGAAAAUGUCGAAUUCCAAGAUGCAGCUUGCAGCAGUCAUUUACGGGAAGGAUGAUUUGCGAAUGGAAGAAAGACCAGUCCCAUUGCCAGGAAAAGGAGAGGUACAGAUCGCCGUUGCCUGCGUUGGAAUUUGUGGGUCGGAUGUUCAUUUCUUGCAAGAGGGCGCUUGUGGAACGUUCUUGAUCGAGGAGCCUUUCGUCUUGGGUCACGAGUUCAGUGGAACAGUGACAUCUAUCGGAGAGGGAGUAACAAGCCUGAAAAUUGGUGACAGAGUGGCAACAGAGCCACUGGUUCCAUGCCGAAAAUGCGAUUUAUGUCUUACUGGUCGUUGCAACAUUUGUCGCAACAAAGUUUGUUUCUGUGGAACUCCAGGAUUCGACGGAGGGCUUCGAGCGAUUUGCUGUCACCCGGCCAAUUUCUGCCACAGACUCCCAGACAGCUUAACCUUGGAAGAAGGGAUGUUAUUGGAACCUCUGGCAGUCGGUGUUCAUGGUUGUGAGCGUGCAGGCAUUAAGCCUGGCUCUAGCGUUCUUGUAACAGGCGCUGGCCCUAUUGGGAUAGCAACGCUUCUCACCGCUAAAGCAUCAGGCGCAACGAAAGUCUGCAUUACAGAUAUUCUCCAGGAGCGCCUUAACUUUGCUAAAUCAGUGGGGGCAACUCACACCCUCCUUGUCAAGGCUAGAGACGACCCCCAAACCGUUGCCUCCAAAGUAAAAGAUUUGAUGGGGUGCGAGGCCGAAGCUUCCAUUGAGUGCAGUGGUUCCGAGGAAGCCCUGUCAGUGGCCAUUUUGGCUACCAAGCCAGGUAAAGUUGUGGCUGUAGUGGGAAUUGGAAAUACAAACCAAACCAUCCCGGCAUUCCAUGCGCUCCUUAAUGAAAUUGACAUACAUUUUAGUUUCACAUUCAGAAAGAGCCAUGAAAUCGCAAUUGAAUUAGUGGCCUCUGGCAAAGUGAACAUCAAGCCGCUGGUCACUCAUCGAUUUAAACUGGACAAAGCUGUAGAAGCGUUCGAGUGCGCCAAGAAUAGACAAGGAAUGAAGGUGGCCAUCACAUGUAACGACUAA